AACAACAACAACUUUAUUAUCAAUUGCAGCGGUUGCCAUUUACCAUUUAACUUUAAUAAUUCCGUGCCAAAAUCAUUGCCAUGCAAACAUUGGUUCUGUCUAUCCUGUCUGGAGGAUAUGAUCGGUAAAUCGGAUGAUUUUGCCCAUUUCGAUUGUGCCAACUGCCAGCAGACCAUUGAUAUUGAUGGCCUAAAUAAGACUUUGGAAAUAUUGCCAAAUAGCGCUGCCGCCACACACAACAACCACAACAACAUCACCAACAACAACAACAACAAUGCCGAAAUCGAAACCCAAUUGUCGACACGUUCGGCAUCGAUAACAUCCGAUAAUUCAAUAGGUUGUAGUUUAUUUUACAACAAUAGCAACAACAGCAACAAUAACAGUAUUUGUAGUAAUGGUAGUAAUCACAACAACAACAACAACUCCAACAAUACUUUUAAUCCCAAUAAUGGCCACUUGCAUAAUUUUCCAAAUCAGCAUCGAGGUGGUGGGGGAGGAAACGGAGAUAAUGCUUUGGGACCCAUGUUGCCGGGUGAGAACUGCAUUCUCCAUGGCAUGCCGAAUAUUUUGUGGUGUGCCAGCUGCAACGCCAGCCUUUGCCGUGGCUGUAACUCGGGUCCCGACCACCAGGACCAUAUGAUACAAAAUCUCCAAGAGGCCAAGGAGGCAUAUCAAAAUCGCAUCCAACAGGAUAUUGGCAAGCUGCAAGGUUCCCUGGGUGACAUGGAACAACUGCAGAGAAUCCAAAGGGAAUUCCUGUUGGGUCUGCUGGAAUCCUGUUGUACCCUGAAAAGUCACCUGGAACAGGAGAUCAAUAAUCCAUGCCACAGCCAGGCGAUGGAGGGGAUGCGUGAAACAUUGAAAAUGUUACAAAUCCAUAUGGAACUAAUGCCCGAUUGUAGUCCCCGGGAUUAUGUCAAGCUAAGCAAUGCCGUGGCGGAGGAGAAACAGAAAUUCUAUGUGAAACACAAGGAAAUGUUGAGGCAAUAUCAGAUCAGUGAACUGAUCAGCAGCAAUGAGAGGUUGUUGGAUUUCCCCACCAUGCAGCAGAUUUUGCAAAAACAGGAUUUGCGAUCGGCGUCGGGGGGAGAUAAUGGCGGUCAAAUGCCCAGUAAUCCGAUGCUGCACCUGACCAACUACUGUGUAUUCCAUUUGUAUUUGCGUUACUCCAAACAAAAACAACAAUUUUUCGAAAAUCAGCUGUGGAGAUAUCAACAGUAUCAGCAGCAGAUAAUAGCGAAUUUCAAGACCCAACAAAAUCAAAAAUCCUCCACAUCAUCGGGGACGUCGCAAUCAUCAUUGUCCUCCUCGUCAGGGUCAUCGGCAGUGGGUAGUUAUCAACAUCAUCAACAACAACAAAAUGGCAUUACAUCCAAUAACUAUCAUCAGGGAGGUACCUCUACGACCAGUUCCGCCGCCUACGAUACGUUACAAAUCAAACGUAAAACCUAUGCGGAAAUUGCCAAUAGCAAUUGUAGUUCCAGCAAAUCCUUUGAUUGCCAUGGGUCUCAAGAUUCAUUUGAUCUCUUCAAUGGCCCCUUGACGGUUUCGCAAUACAAACAACUCGAAGAGGUCGGGAAAUGCAUAGAUCUGCUUCUGCUCAAUCCGAUCAGUAAUGACAAUAAUCACAUUUAUUAUUUCGAUUUUGAACGGAAUGGUGAAUUUCUCGGACGGGUCCUUAUCAAAGUCUAUGCCAGUUAUGCCCCCAAAAUGGCCUACAAUUUCCAUGCCCUAUGUACCCAUGAAAAGGGUGUGGGCUAUAGGGGUUGUAAAGUUUUCAAAUGUUAUCCGAAUCAAAGCAUUAUCACAGGAGAUAUAGAUCAAAAUAAUGGAUACGGUAGCCGUUCGAUAUAUGAUGAACCACAAUUUGUACCAGAUGAUACGAAAAUACCCCCCUUCAUAGGGGCUGUGGGUAUGCGUCGUGCUAAAAAGAUUUACGACUCUCAAUGUUUGGUGGGUUCACAAUUUCGUAUUAUUCUGAAGGUGAGACCAUUUAGUGCUAUAUUUGGUCGUGUCAUAGAGGGUUUGGAAGUGGUUUGGAAUAUUUCACAAACCCAAUUGCAGGGUGAUAAGCAACAGGGUGCCGGACCACCUAGUAGCAGUAGUGGUAUGGGGCAUAUAAAUGUUGGCCAGUGCGGGGUGUAUGAAUUUGCUAAAAGGAAUUUGCAGGGUGGUUUGUAA